AGAAAACGAGCGCAAUCCACUUGCUAGGUUCACGCUCAGGUGGCAUUGAGAUCUGACCGAGGCAUGAAGCGAUUCUUCCGCGUGAAGUCGGCUAUGGCCAUGCACAACCGUCGUCAGUACACCACCAUGGGCCUUCUCAUGGAUGUUCCACCGGAAUGCCUGAAAGUGGCCGAAGCAAAACCUCAAUUGGCGCUGCCCCAAUUGAACUCGUUCACGGAAAUGUUUCGAAGUAUGUCGCCGUACAUCAACGUCCACCGCGGGACAAAGAUGGUGAUUCAUCUGUGCGGGGGUCUCAUUGAGUCGCCCGUGUUUUCCACGACCAUGCAAGACAUUGCGCUCUUAAACUCGUUUGGCAUUCAGAUCAUUCUCGUGGCAGGGUCGCGGCCUCAGAUCGAUACUCGACUUGAACAUCGCGACAUUCCGAAUGUAGUUAAGCGUGGCUACCGUGUCACGGACACUGACGUUCUGGCAUGCGCUAUGGACGCGGCUGGGUUUGUCCGCCUUAGCUACAUGGAAUUCAAUGUUACGAUGCACUUGGUGUAGGUCCGUCCGCUUUCGCAUUGAAAGUGCGCUUGGACGAGGGAUUUUGAACGCUCCAGGAGACAAGCAAGCCAUCAGCAUUUCCAGCGGCAACUACGUGCACGCCCAGCCCGUUGGCGUUCGAGGUGGGGUGGACUACAAGUUCAGUGGCGAGGUGCGCCGAGUCAAUGACAAGAAGAUCAGCGCGGCACUGGAUGCCGGGGACAUUGUUCUUUUGUCGGACAUUGCAUACAGUGCGUCCGGCGAGGUGUUCCACAUCCUGUCCGAGCAAAUUGCAGCCAAAUGCGCCGUCCAGAUGAACGCGGACAAACUCAUUUUUCUCCACGACGGCGAAGUCAUGGUCGAUGUCCGCAACAAUCAAGCUGUGCACACGCUCCUUAUUCGUCAAGCCCAGCAGUACCUCGAAUUGGCAUCGCUGGACCCGAGCAUAAAUCCCAACUUCAUUUCGUACUUAAAGCAUGCGACCAAGUCGUGCAUCAGCGGCGUCAAGCGAUCGCAUCUGGUGUCGCGUCAUACGGACGGCGCACUGUUGCAAGAACUGUUUACGCGUGAUGGCGACGGAAUUAUGAUUUCCAAAGAAAUGUACGAAGGCGUGCGCAUGGCGCGAAGCGCAGACAUUCCCAGCAUCAUGCGGUUGAUUCAACCCAUGCUGGACGCAGACAUCCUCGUGUCGCGGUCUCAAGAGCAAAUCGAGUCAAACGUGCACAUGUUCACCGUGGUCGAGCGUGACGGGGCCAUCAUUGCGUGUUGCACGUUGCAGCCAUACGAGUCCAACUUUGCCGAAAUGGCGUGUGUCGCCGUGGACCCAGCUUAUCGCAAGCUCGGCAAGGGCAAUGCGCUCCUUGGGUUUAUCUUGCGCAAAGCUUCCGCAAUGGGAGUCAAGUACCUCUUUGUGCUUACGACCCGCACGUCGCAUUGGUUCAUGGAGCGUGGGUUUGCGCCCGCCCAAGUGUCGGACCUGCCGCCCACAAAGCAGGCAUCGAUCGACCCGACGCGGCAAUCCAAGGUGUAUAUCAUGGACAUCAGCAGUCGCCGCAUGGUCGAAGAAAAGGAGCUAUUGCUGUUAUAACAUGAAUAUUCCACACGUAAAUAACAUUUGAUGGCCGAGUAAAGCAUGACGCUGGGACUUGCCAUGGAAUGAUAUUGCAGGAACGCAAGGUCGACAAAGUCGCGAAUGUCCUCAGCAGCCUCGUCGAGAUCCGCGUCCAACUCGGACUGGAAC